AUGUUCUGUAACAAAACUAUAGGCUAUAAGACUGAUGAUUCUACUCUUACAAUAUAUAAAAGUAAAUCGAAGAAAAGGGUACUUGUUUUAAGUUUAAUGCACGAAUCUAUAAUAAUUGAAAAGAAUGAUUUGCAUAUACCAGAAACAAUUAGGUUUUGUAAUAGUACCAACUUCGGUAUAAAUAUGCCCGACCAAAUGGCUAGGAAAUAUAAUAAUUUCUAUAAGGAAACGAUUGAAGAAAGAAUUUCGAGGCAGGGAUUUUUAUUUCAAUUAGUAGAUGAAUUUGCCUUUGAAUUUGAAGAAUUACAAGAAGUAAACCAAAAAGAAAUAUAG